CUUGUCUUGCAGAUCAGGAAGAAAGCAUGGAGAAGAAGUAGAAGACCAUCGUCUUAGACAGCAGAGCCUGGAGGCAUCAGAUGAUGGAGGAGACAUUCCUGUGAUCCCUGACUUGGAGGAGGUCCAGGAGGAAGAUCUGGCCAUGCAAGUGGCAGCUCCCCCCAGUGUGCAGGUGAAUCGAGUGCUGACCUACCAUGACCUGGACAAAGAUCUUAUGAAGUAUGCUGCCUUUCAAACUCUGGAUGGAGAGGUUGACCUCAAGCUUCUCACCAAAGUUUUGGCUCCAGAACAUGAACUACGAGAGGAUGAUGUCAGCUGGGAUUGGGACCAUCUCUUCACAGAGGUGUCCUCAGAACUAGUGACUGAGUGGGACCUGGGACAGUCUGAGAGAGAAGACCACUUCACUCUGUCCUAGUGCACUGGCACACCAGACAUCUCCUAUGUGCACCCCUGUACAUGGUUUAGCACUUUAAUUUUCUAUUCACUUGUUUGUAUUUGAGAAUUUAUUUCGGACAUGAAAAUAAAUAGGACCUUGCUUCAUA